AUGCUUUUCAUCGGCAUCUUAGGGGCUCUGAUGCUGCCAGCUACGAUCGUAGCAGCCACAGAUUCAUGCUAUGACUCCGACAUAAAAUCUACGCCUUCAGCAGAUCAGCGUCCAGUGCCAUGGGGAUCUCCUAGUGUCCACUUUUCAUCAUUGAACGGCACAACAACCACAUGCUGCAAAUCUCUAGACGAGAUCCGCGAUGCCUUGGACGAGAUCGAUGAUAGACUCCUAGAUUUACUCAACAGCAGGCAAGUGGCUGCGUACGUCCGGGAAGCAACUCGUUUCAAGUCGACGCGGGCUGCUGUCAAUGCGCCUUCGCGUAACGAGGCUGUCUUGAAACAGGCAGAGCAACAGGCGUUACAUAUUGGAGCGCCGGUGACAGUGGCUCGGGCCGUUAUGGGCGCCAUUCUGAAUUCGAGUGUGGCUUUUGAGCAAUGUAUUGUGAGUAGUGUUUGGACUUGA